CUCGGCAGCGAUGCUGCCAGUGUAACGACAUCACUCAGCGAAUCAAUAUACAACUACCGUCGCGAACAUGGCCGUACAUAUCACGCCUACAAAGACGGCAAAUACAUCUUCCCCAACGAUGAGCGGGAGGCCGACCGUCUCGACCUGCAACACCACCUUCUCCGCAUCACUUACGCCAACAAACUCUACUUCUCGCCCUUGGACAAUCCUCGCAGGUGUCUGGACGUGGGUACAGGGACGGGAAUUUGGGCGGUGGAUUUCGCAGACGAACACCCCGAGUGUGAGGUCGUGGGCAUCGACUUGUCGCCUGGACAGCCAAGCUUGGUGCCGCCGAAUCUGAAGUUCAUCAUCGAUGAUGCGGAGGAUGCGUGGCUGUAUCCAGAGAAAUUCGACUUCAUCCACGCGAGAUUAAUGAGCGGCUGUUUCUCGGACUGGCCGGAGUUCAUACGACAAGCUUACGAAAACCUCGAGCCCGGCGGUUGGCUCGAACUGCAAGACUACGGCCUCCCCGUGCGCUCCGCCGACAACACCCACCUCGGCACCUCCGUCUACGAAUGGGGCCAACUCCUCUGUCAAGCCUCUCUCAAACUCGGCCGUCCACUCGGCAGCGACGCCUCGGAGUAUUUCACGACCUACAUGCAGUCCGCGGGCUUCGUCGACAUCCAAGUGAAAAUGUUCAUGUGGCCGACCAACUCGUGGCCCAAGGACCCGUAUAUGAAAGAGCUGGGACGGUGGAAUCAAGUCAACAUCACCGAAGGGUUGGAGGCGUUUUGUUUGGCGUUGUUGACGAGGGGAUUGGGGUGGAAGAAGGAGGAGGUGGAUGUCCUUGUGGCGAAGACGGCGCGGGAUUUGAAGGAUCGUAGGAUUCAUGCGUAUUUUCCUAUGCCGGUGGUUUAUGGCCGGAAACCGAGGGAGGGAGAGGUUUGGUAA